AUGCCGACCAAUUGCGCUGUGGCGGGCUGUGCUGCCACCUACAACAAGCAUAUUAACAUCAGCUUCCACAGGUUUCCUUUGGAUCCUAAAAGAAGAAAAGAAUGGGUUCGCCUGGUUAGGCGCAAAAAUUUUGUGCCAGGAAAACACACUUUUCUUUGUUCAAAGCACUUUGAAGCCUCCUUUGAUCUAACAGGACAAACUCGACGACUUAAAAUGGAUGCUGUUCCAACCAUUUUUGAUUUUUGUACCCAUAUAAAGUCUAUGAAACUCAAGUCAAGGAGUCUUUUGAAGAAAAACGACAGUUUUCCUCCAACCGGACCAUGGAAUUUACAGUCGAACAGUCAGCAAGUACUACUCGAACACAGUUAUGCCUUUAGGAACCCCAUGGAGGCGAAAAGAAGGAUAAUAAAACUAGAAAGAGAAAUAGCAAGCUUAAGAAGAAAAAUGAAAACUUGCCUACAAAGAGAACGCAGAGCAACUCAAAGAUGGAUCAAAGCCACGUGCUUCGUGAAGAAUUUAGAAGCAAAAAACAUGCUACCCAAGGGCCUCUCAGAACACAUUUUACCAACGGCCUUAAACAAUCUUCCUUUGGAAGACUUCAAACUUCUCGAGCAAGAUCAACAUGGUAAACCAUUACCAGUUCUCUAA